AGCUUGCUAGUGACUUAUGGGUGCCAAUUGCCGUCCCUAGAGCCAAGAAAGACGUAGUCGAAUUUGGUCCGUGCGUGAAACGAAGGAUAUAGAGAAGAACACGAUGCUCUUCUUCAUUCAAUCUUCUUUAUGACUACUACUUCUUUACUUCCGUUCAUUCAAUUUCUUUUCAAUUUUGCCCCUGCUCCUGCUCCUCAUCCUCUUCUUACUACUACUCCUCCUAUUAAAUUUCUGAAGAUUAACAGUCAAUCAAUCAAUCAGUAUUAACUAAAAAAAUAGCUCUCUCUCGCUCUGAAGAAGAAUUGAUUGCUAAACAAAUGUCAGGUGAAGCGGCGUCGUCGUCUUCUGGAGUGGUUUUACAAGGACUCGACGAUGUUGAGGAAUUCAUUUGGGCAAAUGAAGGAGAGGGUUCGUUGCCAUGGGACCGAUUCAGUCAUGUUUUUGAUCUUGUGCAAAAUGGAAACAAGGCAUUCCGGGAGAAUCAUUUUGAGGAGGCAAUCAAUUAUUACUCAAGAGCCAAUAACAUUAAACCCGGUGAUCCUAUUAUUCUUGGCAACCGUAGUGCUGCUUAUAGCAGGGUCAGCCAUUUCCUGAAACAGAGACCUGCAUCCACUUCUGAGGACACACCAUUAAAUGGGCUGGAUCCUACUAUACAUGCUGAACUUGCAUUGAAGGAUGCCGAGAAGGUAAUAAACCUCAGAAACAAUUUAGUGAAUCCAUACAUCUUAAAGGCCAAUGCUCUUAUAUUGCUGGAAAAGUAUGAGUUGGCUCAGGAUGUUGUUCUUUCAGGUCUUCAGGUUGAUCCUUUCAGCAAUCCUCUUCGUGUUUCUUUACGGAAUUUGGAGGGAAUGCUGGGCAGUAUGAUGAGUAAAAGUCUUGGGAAACCGGAACGUAGUGAUGAAUUUGAUUGCACUCUCUGCCUGAAGUUACUAUUUGAACCUAUUACGACUCCCUGUGGGCAUUCCUUUUGCCGCUCAUGUCUUUUCCAGUCAAUGGAUCGUGGUAACAAAUGCCCAUUGUGUCGAACAGUUCUCUUUAUCAGUCCUAGAACAUGUUCAAUCAGUGUGACCUUAAACAACAUUAUACAGAAGAACUUCCCAGAGGAAUACGCUGAAAGGAAGUCCGAGCAUGACUGUUUGACAAACUUUGGUGUUGAUUUGAUCCCUCUUUUUGUCAUGGAUGCUGUUAUCCCGUGUCAGAAGUUUCCACUCCACAUAUUUGAACCACGAUACAGACUGAUGGUCAGGAGGAUCAUGGAAGGAAAUCAUCGGAUGGGAAUGGUUAUAAUUGAUUCUGCUUCAGGCUCGAUAGCUGAUUUGGCUUGCGAGGUGGAGAUUACUGAGUGUGAACCACUUCCAGAUGGGUGCUUCUAUCUAGAGGUUGAAAGUCGCCGAAGAUUUAGAAUCCUUCGAUCUUGGGAUCAAGAUGGGUAUCGUGUUGCAGAGAUAGAAUGGGUACAGGAUAAUCCACCUGAAGGGCUGGAACAGAGAACCGAAAUGCAGGAACUUACAAAUAGUGCAGCAGAAUAUGCUCAGUCAUGGUUAAGGAGGGCAAAGGAAGCUGCAAGACAAGAUCGAAGAAGACUUGAGAAACUUCUUAAUGUGGAAGCAAUGAUGCCCAUGCCAUUGGAUCCUGAACGCUUCAGUUUCUGGCUUGCUACUUUAACAGAUAGGAGACCUUUUGAAAGAUUGGAGCUCCUUUGUAUAAGGGAUACAACAGAGAGGAUAAGACGAGGACUGUUAUAUCUUAGAACAGCAGAACAAGGCUGCAGGAUGCAGUGAUAAUAGGUGUGAUUUUCAUGGACGGAAUGUUAUGGAAAAAUCAAUUUUUUUUUUUUUAUACAUACAUAUCAUAUAUUAUAUUCUUUCGCCCACAUGAUUGUGGAUCUCAUUCUUUUUGUAUCAAUAUUUUAAAUUGAAAUCCAUCAACACAUUUUUCAAAUGGCAUUUUUAGGUUUCUUCUUUUGGUCCCCUGUAGCAUCUCAAGUUGUUUGUCUUGAAGAGAAAUGAUAAGGAAAUUGAACUAAUGAGAGACAAGUUUGAGUUUUUA